UCCUAUGUAUCCAUACAUGCAUCUCCUGUCACACAUUUCCUUCCCACUCCAUUCCCUAGUAGUAGUACCAUUGCAUUUUCACAAUCCACCACUACCAUGGCGCAAAACCACCACUUCCUCAUCAUAACAUACCCACUACAAGGUCACAUAAACCCUGCCCUCCAAUUCACCAAGCGUCUCAUUUCUUUGGGCGCAAAAGUCACUUUUGCUACCACUAUCCACUUAUACAGUCGCCUUAUCAACAAACCAACCAUCCCGGGCCUCUCCUUCGCCACCUUCUCUGACGGCUAUGACGACGGUCAAAAAUCCUUUGGCGACGAAGACAUCGUCUCCUACAUGUCUGAGUUUACGCGUCGCGGCUCAGAAUUUCUCACAAAUAUCAUUCUCUCCUCCAAACAAGAAAAUCAUCCAUUCACUUGCUUAAUCUACACUCUCAUACUUUCAUGGGCUCCCAAGGUGGCACAUGAGCUUCACCUCCCAUCAACACUGUUGUGGAUUCAAGCAGCAACGGUGUUUGAUAUAUUCUAUUAUUACUUUCAUGAACACGGUGACUACAUCACAAACAAAUCAAAGGAUGAAACGUGUUUAAUAUCAUUACCGGGAUUGUCAUUCUCUCUUAAAAGCCGCGACCUUCCCUCUUUUUUAUUGGCUUCAAAUACAUACACUUUUGCUCUUCCAUCUCUCAAAGAGCAAAUUCAGUUGUUGAAUGAAGAAAUCAACCCAAGAGUACUUGUGAACACCGUUGAGGAGUUUGAACUGGAUGCACUGAAUAAAGUUGAUGUUGGUAAGAUCAAAAUGAUACCCAUCGGACCGUUGAUUCCAUCUGCUUUCUUGGAUGGCAAGGAUCCUACGGAUAAUUCGUUUGGUGGUGACGUUGUCCGUGUUGACUCAAAGGAUGAUUACAUUCAAUGGUUGGAUUCAAAGGAUGAAAAGUCUGUUGUUUAUGUUUCAUUUGGUACUCUUGCUGUUUUGUCUAAAAGACAAAUGGAGGAAAUUGCACGUGCCUUGUUGGAUUCUGGAUUUUCUUUCUUGUGGGUUAUUAGAGAUAAAAAAUUACAACAACAAAAAGAAGAAGAAGUUGAUGAUGAUGAGCUGAGUUGUAGAGAGGAACUUGAGAAUAAUAUGAAUGGGAAGAUAGUAAAAUGGUGUAGUCAGGUGGAGGUUUUGUCGCACCGUUCUUUGGGUUGUUUUAUGACGCAUUGUGGAUGGAAUUCGACUUUGGAAAGUUUGGGUUCAGGGGUUCCUAUGGUUGCAUUUCCUCAGUGGACAGAUCAAACCACUAAUGCGAAGUUAAUUGAAGAUGUGUGGAAGACUGGGUUGAGGAUGGAACAUGAUGAGGAAGGGAUGGUGAAAGUUGAGGAAAUUAGAAAGUGUUUGGAAGUGGUGAUGGGGAAGGGAGAAAAAGGAGAGGAACUAAGGAGGAAUGCUAAGAAAUGGAAAGAUUUGGCUAGGGCAGCUGUGAAAGAAGGAGGGUCUUCAAAUAGGAAUUUGAGGAGUUAUCUAAAUGAUAUUGCAUGUAUAACUCAAAUUUAGUUAACUCUUUUUUCCUCUGUUUUUUGAGAAAGUGUUUAGUAGUACUUUAUCUCAGAAAAGGAACAUCACAAUCUCUUCAAUAAUAAAGAGUAGUCAAUCACAAUCCACUUUGUCACAAUACAAGGAGGUGUGACUAAAAAAUAGGAAGUGAACAAUAAACCAUCCAAUAAACAUUUACUGAUUUUGUCGUGAAAA